AUGGACCUCGUACCGCCCGUCAGCCGCGAGGACUCGUUCGAUCAGGCGAGGGAGGCCAUCGCUUCGGUGUGCGCCAAGCGGGCCAAGAAGGCUGGGAAGAAGGUGCGGAAGUCCUCCGGCAAGGCACUGGCGCAGUUACGCGUCGCGGUCGAGCUGCCCCUCGCGGCGGAUACGUCUGUCGCCGUCGCCGCGAUGGUGAACGGAGCGUGCGGCGGGGGUAUCGUGGGCACGGCGGUGUACGGGAACCCCGAUGCGGCGGCCUACGCCUCGUCCAAGUCCGACGGUAAGGUUGAGCACGUCUCCAUCGAUCAGGCGCUCACGUCGGAUGGCUGCGAUUUGGCUCGGGGCGACGGAGCCGUGGCGCUCGUCGGCGUCCCUGAGGACCAGAUCGGUGCCGCGAGGAGGAUCGCCGAGCUCUCGGGGGCGAGGCCUGUCGUCGCCGUGAACGUGGAGUGGGAGCACGCGGGGGACGGGGGCGUCACGUUCAGGAACUCCCGCGGCGACGACGCGGAAAAGGUGACGGCGGAUGAGGUCUUUGCGAACUCGUUCUCUGUCGUGUACUCGUACCUGCCUCUGGCCAUCCAGGGGCUCAUGGGGGCGACGCAAGAGGGAGCUGUGUUCAAGUGCGUGCGCGGGGGAGCGCCCGAGGGAUCCCCGUGGAGGAUCCUGGUAAAGGAUGACAAGGGGGCGUACCAGCAGGUUGGCGCGAUGCAGCGAAGGCCGGAGCAGGAGGACCUCGAAUCCGCUCUGUACAACGCGGCGGCUGCGCAGUCUCCGGUGAACAAGGGUAUCGGGGUUUUCAGGGGACUGGCGGACAAGGCCAAGGAUUCGAUCCCGAACCCAUUCGCGGGGUUGGGAGGCGGCGACAAGAAGUAA